AUGGCGUUUCCCCUUCGUUCUAAGCCUUCGAAUGGCACUCUUCAUGGCAACACCGAAAACACAAAGCAGGUUGAACGCGUCUCUUCUUCCCUGCCGGAAAACUUCGGAGAGGUCAUUCCUGGCAUGAUUUACCGGAGCUCGUUUCCUUUGACUGAAAACCUGGGUGCGCUGGAAAAGCUCAAUCUGAAGUCCAUAAUUACAUUCGUCGAAGAGCCAUACUCAAACAGCCACAUUGAGUUCCUGGAGCGCAACAAGAUCUCCCACCUUCGCAUCGUGCUGGAUGCUAAUAAAGUUGGGCGAGCUUCGAUUGACGACGAGGCAGUCAAAAGAAUCCUUAUGACAAUCCUGUCUAAGGAGCGCCAUCCUAUUCUGAUCCACUGUAAUAAAGGCAAACACCGCACCGGCUGCGUCGUUGCUUGCUUCAGAAAGGCUAUUGGCUGGCCCCUCGACCGAAUUAUCAGGGAGUAUCGCGACUAUGCCGGUUCGAAAGCCCGUGCUCUUGAUGAAGUCUUCAUUAGCAAAUUCAACGCGCAGUCCCUGCGUUCCACGGUAGCUGCGACGGGUGCUGCCGCUUGGAUCCAUAGACCUGUGCCUAGCGGUGAUCCUGUUGAUGUCCUGGCUAGAAGAGUCGCUCGGGCGUCGAUGGAUGAAAACAAUAUUCACCGUCUUAUGUGA